UCUGUCCCAUGAUUUCACUUUGGGUCUUUGUCGGCGCAAUCCUUUAAAAGUUUCCCGUUCCUGGUGUAGCGUUCUUGCCCGGACCUCAUCGGUCACGUGCGCGGCCAUCGAGCGCCAUCAUCGACGUCCCGCGGGGACUGUUGAACCCGCGAGAAACAAUUGCACCAUCGAAAUCGAUCGUGUCAGAUGCGGCUGGUUUCCUGCAAACGUGUACGAGAUUCAUCUUUCGUGCACGACCGAAACUUUGUUCUCAAACUGCACAAGCGAGGAGCCACGCCACAGACUUGGCUGCGAUACUCGGCUGCCACUGCAACGGUUGUUGAGAGCGCAGGGUCCGCGCAUUUUCUGUGGCUGCCUCGGUGGAGAGCGCCGGGUCUUGCCGAGGGUGAAACUUCUUUCGCGAGAUCACCGCAGAAAGCUUGUGAAGGAACUUCAGUUUGUCUCCGUAAACAUUUUCCUGGUGCGAUGAAUUGAGUUGAACGGAGUAGCAUGUGAAUCGUUCUUGAGUUUUUCCUCGUCGCACUUUGCCUCGUCUCUCGAAGUCAAGCACUUGUUAACGCGUUCUUCCUCCCGCGAAGGAGGGAUCUCAGGCUGGGGAUUCUUGUAUUUCGGCUCUCUCUGAAACGUCUCGCUUUUCAAACACAGCCCUCCUUCCCUCUUUCAGUCAAUUUCCCGUGGUUUUCUCCCUUUCCCUCCUCGGUGUGUGUCUGCGCUGAACGUGGCCAGCUGACCAGCUAGGUCAAACCCGUCCCGUUCCUUCCAACAUCUCUACUCGUCGCAGCUGCCUCGCGAGCGGGAGAGACACAUGUAUCGCCAGCAAGCCAGUCUCUGUAGUGCCGUUCUGUUGCUCUGAACCUGACAGCGUCUCUGCGUCGGUCUCUACUUCGUGUUCUGUGCUCCGAACCUCCCGCGUAGGACCCGGGAACUCGCCAGCCUGAAUCCUGCCCUGUUGCCAGCCACGCCGCCUCCCUUUGCCGCGUGACCCAGUGUGUGUAGCUUUCCACGGUGUGCAGUUUGUUUUCAAAGCGUCUUUAGGCUCUGAGCAGAUUUUUUCUGCCGUCGUGGUCUCUAGCUACCGGUCUGCGGCUUGGAGCAUCCCACUCAAGUCGUAGCGAGGCUCUUGUUUUUCACUUCGUCGUCCACUUGGCCGACCCAAUCUUCCCGACCCUUUUCUGCCUUCCUCCUUCGAUCUUCUCUUCUGGGGGUCGCUGCAUUACAGGCACCGCAAAUGCGUGCAGUCGUCGUUCCAGUUUUUUAGAAACGCACAACUUCCAGGAGGCUCCAGCUCGGUCUCACUUCCGACAGAGCAGGGGCCCCGACAGCGCGUUUGGACAGGGACGGUGAUCCAGAGGGAGCUUCGGCCAAUUUGCCUGGUUCAUAUUGCCCGCCGCACUUCUCACAACGCAUCAAACACACAGAGAAGAUGGGGAACCAAUGCUGCGCAGGCCGUGACAACGCGUACAAACGAAAGGCACAGGAAAACGAGUAUGGGAACCGCGGGUCCUUCCGUCAUAUGCUGUCUUUCGGAGCAGUUGGCGACGAUGUAGUGCGGUUCGAUCGGGCGUACGACAACAACGAUAUUGCGGAGUUCGUCAGACUUUGCAGCUCCACAUGCGAGAUCGAGAAGCUGGAGGAGCGCAUGCACCCGUGGGCAGCAGACCCAGAAACCAUCGGAGCCCUUGCUGCGACGCAGCUGGCGAUCUUCUCUUCCCGCGAGCAGGAACCGCAUAUGAAAGACGAAAUCCGAGAAGCAGGAGGUAUUGAAGCGCUCGUCAAAUUGCUUGCCUCCAAGGAACUGGACCGGAAGCAUGCAGCUGUUGUCGCGCUUUCCUUUCUCUCAGUUGACAAUGUUGAGAACUGCAUCGCCAUGUACAACGCGGGAGCCCUGCCAUACUUGAUCCAGGGCAUGAAAGGCGACAUCGAAGGCAUGCGCGCUGCAUGUGCACAAACCGCUCGGAACAUUUACGUCCUCGAUGUCAAAUAUCGACGGGAAUUCAUGAAGAAUGGUGGCGUGACUCAACUUGUCCGCUUCCUUGACAUAAACCCGGAGGCGACGAAUGUCUACACGCAGUUGGAGGCGAUCUAUCACUUGGAGGACUUGAUUGGAGACGAGAAUGAUGAAAUCCCCGAGUUCGUCCAGGCUGUCAAGGCUGCAGGUGCCAUCCCGAAAUUGAAGAAGCUGCAAGACUGCAAAGACCAAGACGUCGCAGACGCCGCGAACCUCCUCUUGGUCCGGCUGUCGGAGUGACGAAGAACAGACAGGAAACGGACCAGUUUUUGACGUCGCAGUCCGCGUUAAAUCGAGCUGCGGUGUCACGUAACUUGAGCCGCCGUCUCGCGCCUGUUUGUGCGCAGUGUUUUUGCAGGAGUCUCUUCUCCACUUGGGCUUUGUGAGGCUUUUGUUGUGCCGUUUCUUGGCAGGUGUGUCCUGACAAAGAGCGCGAGCAGAUGCUGUCAAUGAGGCAGAGAGAGCUGGGGCGGCGCUCCUGUUACUUUGGAACCUGACACUUCACGAGUGGUGCAGGGCCGUGUCUGCCGUUCUGUCAAGUUCAUGACUUUUUAGCGUUUUCUGGCGGACGAAAAGCGAAAAAUGGUUCGCAUGUCCAUCGUCAGCGCAGUUCUCCUGGCUGUAGAAAGUGCGGUUCUCCCAUGCCAGCUUGUCUGAGAGGGUGAGAAGCCCGAUGGGGGUGACCAUCGUUUUGUGCUUGCAUGCAGAGAGGGGAGAGUGGCGAAACCUCAAAACGGCCCUCCGUGCUUGUUACAGGCCAGAGCACGAAAACGCGAAUAUUUCAGGGAGUUCAGUGUUUGAGGCAGCGUGGGUGGUGCACUGGAGCUUGCACUGCACCUGUAUGGGGCGGGGGGAGACUCUGGCGCAGGAUCGGCAUCUGGAGUUAAAACUGUUCAGCUGUUUGUGUGUGCUCUACCUGGCAUCUGAUGUGAUGCCAACAAUGCAGUGUACACGAAGUCAGAGGAAACGUAAAGUUCCGACGGGACGGGCGUCUUUCGUGCGAAACACCCAACUCAAAAACCAAAAUGUUGUCUUCUAAAACGAAUACGGACCAGCCGUCAAACGUCGACAGAAGGGGCAACCAAUGGUCUCUUUCGGACCCUCCUUGUUACGCGACUCGCAGCCGCAUGCGA